AUGCAGAUCUUUGUCAAGACCCUUACCGGCAAGACCAUCACCCUUGAGGUCGAGUCGUCGGAUACCAUCGACAACGUCAAGUCCAAGAUUCAGGACAAGGAGGGCAUUCCCCCAGACCAACAGCGCCUGAUUUUCGCGGGCAAGCAGCUGGAAGACGGUCGCACCCUCAGCGACUACAAUAUCCAGAAGGAGAGCACCCUACAUCUCGUCCUCCGUCUCCGCGGUGGUAUGCAGAUCUUCGUCAAGACCCUCACUGGCAAGACGAUUACGUUGGAGGUCGAGUCCUCGGACACCAUCGACAACGUCAAGAGCAAGAUCCAGGACAAGGAGGGCAUUCCCCCAGACCAGCAGCGUCUGAUUUUCGCGGGCAAGCAGCUGGAGGAUGGUCGCACCUUGAGCGACUACAACAUCCAGAAGGAGUCGACGCUCCACCUGGUGCUGCGUCUGCGCGGUGGUAUGCAGAUUUUCGUCAAGACCCUGACAGGCAAGACGAUUACCCUCGAGGUGGAGAGCAGCGACACCAUCGACAAUGUCAAGAGCAAGAUUCAGGACAAGGAGGGCAUCCCGCCUGACCAGCAGCGCCUGAUCUUUGCCGGCAAGCAGCUUGAGGAUGGCCGUACUCUUUCGGAUUACAACAUCCAGAAGGAGUCCACCCUGCAUCUGGUGCUGCGUCUGCGUGGUGGCAUGCAAAUCUUCGUCAAGACCCUGACGGGCAAGACGAUCACUCUGGAGGUAGAGUCGUCCGACACCAUUGACAACGUGAAGUCCAAGAUCCAGGACAAGGAGGGCAUCCCGCCUGACCAGCAGCGCCUGAUCUUUGCCGGCAAGCAGCUUGAGGAUGGCCGUACGCUGUCCGACUACAACAUCCAGAAGGAGUCGACUCUCCAUCUGGUUCUGCGUCUGCGCGGUGGCCAGUAA